AUGUCUGCCCCACAAGAACUUUGCCAGUAUCUACUGGGACAGACAGCUUGCUGCAAGCUGGUUAGCCAUGCUAAUGGAACUACCACCGAGCUGGUCAGGGAACUACCACCGAGCUGGUCAGGGAACUACCACCGAGCUGGUCAGGGGACUACCACCGAGCUGGUCAGGGAACUACCACCGAGUUGGUCAGGGCACUACCACCGAGCUGGUCAGGGAACUACCACCGAGCUGGUCAGUGAGCUACCACCGAGCUGGUCAGGGAACUACCACCGAGCUGGUCAGGGAACUACCACCCAGUUGGUCAGGGGACUACCACCGAGCUGGGAACUACCACCGAGUUGGUCAGGGAACUACCACCGAGCUGGUCAGGGAACUACCACCGAGCUGAUCAGUGAGCUACCACCGAGCUGGUCAGGGAACUACCACCGAGUUCGUCAGGGCACUACCACCCAGUUGGUCAGGGGACUACCACCGAGCUGGUCAGGGAACUACCACCCAGUUGGUCAGGGAACUACCACCGAGCUGGUCAGGGAACUACCGAGCUGGUCAGGGAACUACCACCGAGCUGGUCAGGGAACUACCACCGAGCUGGUCAGGGAACUACCACCCAGUUGGUCAGGGGACUACCACCCAGCUGGUCAGGGAACUACCACCGAGUUGGUCAGGGAACUACCACUGACUUGGUCAGGGAACUACCACUGA